AUGUUUUCAAUUUUUUCCAAUUUCAAGCAUUUCACUUUUACGCACCUUUCUCUUUCUCUCUCCUCCCUCCAUUGAAGCCUACUUCGAGUUUUCCAUUGAAGCGGCUUCUAAGCUUUCUAUCCUCCAUUGAAGCUGCUUCUGAGGGAGGUUGUGUCAGUCUGCUCAGCAUGAACCUGCAGCAAGCUGCACAGCCAAGAACUUCUGCCAAUGGUUUUAAUCGCCGCAGAGUUGAAAAAGAGAACAGCAAUAGGAUGGAUAUAAAAUCACAGCCUGGAAAAUCAAAUCCCGAUAGAGUGACAAGUGCAGGUAUAACAAGUGGCAGCAGAAGUGUAGGGUCUGAGAGUCCUUCGCGGGAUCGGCUUGUUUAUUUGACAACCUGUCUAAUUGGACAUCAUGUAGAAGUCCAGGUCAAAAAUGGAUCGGUAUACUCUGGAAUUUUCCAUGCGACAAGUGCCGAUAAAGAUUUUGGGGCUAUCUUGAAAAUGGCUCGAUUGAUAAAGGAUGUCUCUCUUAGGGCACAAAAGGUUACCUCUGAUUCAGUUGUCAAGGCUCCGUCAAAAACUCUUAUAAUACCAGCUCAUGAACUUGUGCAAAUUGUGGCUAAGGAUGUGCCUGUUACAAGGGAUGGAUUGUCGAAUGAGCUCCGAGGUGAAAGUAGGCAGGAUAUAAUGUUGGACUCCUACAUAUCUCAUUCUCGUCAUGUUGAGGGGGGACGAGAGCUCGAGCCCUGGAUGCCUGAUAAGGAUGAUCCACUGUGCCCUGAACUGGACAAUGUUUUUGAUUCCUCUUGGACUGGGAGCUGGGACCAGUUCAAGGUUAAUGAGAAACUGUUUGGUGUAAAAAGCACAUUCAACGAGGAACUGUAUACCACAAAACUUGAGAAGGGACCUCGAACAAGGGAAUUAGAGGAGGAAGCUAGGAGAAUAGCUAGGGAAAUUGAGGGUGAGGAAACACAUGAUCUUCAUUUAGCAGAGGAGCGUGGUGUAAAUCCUUAUGGUGGCUUUGAUAUUGAUGAAGAGACAAAGUACUCCGCAGUUUAUAGGGGUGCUGAUGACAGUGGGUGUGCAGAUGAGGAUAUAUUGUUAAAUUCACGUGAUGCAGAGACCUUUGGAGAUUCUACUGGGCCUGCUUUUGGCAGAUCCUUUGCUGAUGUCGCUAGUGGGAAAAGUGGAAAAGGCUUUGAAGGAGGUAGAGUGCCUUCUCGAUCUACAGUGAAGGACGAAAUACACCCAACCCAGUUUAAUGCCAACCAAGAUCUCCAUUGCUCUGACUCUUUGGCGUCUGAUCAUAGUUCAAAUGCUAUUGAUACAUUUGAAGAUGACAACAGGGUGCAAGGAAAUUAUGUCGAUGACCAAGGCGGAAAAAUAUUAUUUAAGGAGACUUUAAGUGAGGAUGUUCAAACCGGAAAAGCUGAUGGUGAAUCAGAUUUACAACCAUCGUGGAAUGCGAAGCGAAGUGGCUCUGAGAAGACUAAUGUGUCUUCAUUGACAGCAACAACUUCAGAUGUCAACACGAAACCUGUAGAGAAAACCAGUUCUAGUGAGCUCAUAGAAGAUAGCUCUGGCAAAGCACAUGUGCUUACUGAACCCACAAAUUCUCGAGGACGACCAGGGAGUUCUGCAUCGUCUACUUCGGAGAUAGGAGCUGCUACCACAGCUUCAAGUGGUCCCGCCCUAUCACCUAGCUCAUCUAUGGGUUCAUUAUCCUCCGAAAAAUCAACAUUGAAUCCCAAUGCAAAGGAAUUCAAAUUUAACCCCAAUGCAAAAUGUUUUGUUCCAACAGCAAGUCCUUUAAGGCCACCUUCCCCUAAUGAUGCUUCAUUCUAUUUUCCAUCCAGCAUGCCUACAGUGCCUCAUAUGCAUGGCAUGCCAGUUGGUAUGGGGGUUGGGCCAUCCUUUGUUGGGCCUCAGCCAAUGCUUUUUAAUCCUCAGGCUGCAGGGAUGCAAUCACCACAAGCAUAUUUUCCUGCAAAUGGCCCUCAGUAUGGACAACAGAUGAUUCUUGGCCAUCCCAGGCAAGUGAUGUACAUGCCAGGCUACCCUGCGGAAAUGCCAUACAAAGGACGGGAAUAUUAGACACUUUUAAUCCAACUGCAUCGUCAGUGGGGCAUUGCAUUGUUCAGAACAAAAUAACAGAUUCAAGAAGAAAAUUUCCGCAAAUGCUUCUCAUGUACCAAUGCUCCAGUGGAGACCAGGUUAUUGGCGGAAGAUACCGUGUUUGUGGUAGUAGCACUGGUCAUGCCUUGUAUUACCGUGUUCCAUUAAACGUAUACCCCUCUUUGACAGCUUGUGCUCAAAUCACCGUCAUAGUUUUCUUUUAGGACGAAUUCAGUAUAAUCAAAGUGUUCAUUUCCCCAUAUUGUUCACCUUUAAUCUGCGUAUUUAAUGCUAAUUUAGAAAUAGAUAGGUACUUCAUGUUGUGUGGACUUAAUAACUUUUUUACUCGAGCUAUUUGCUCGAGUGUGAUAAAUUUAUAGAACUUGUCACUCAUGUUUGUCUCCUAAUAGUGACAGUUAUAUACGAUUGGCUACAUUUUUGUUCUCAUUUUUUGUUGUUGAUGCAGUAGUGAUAAAAGAAUAGAACAUGAUAGCUCAGUGAUAAUAAAGUUAUGGGAUUUUCAGUAA